AUGUCACAAGAAUCAUCACCAAAGAUUGAAUCACAAUCAAAAAAAACAGCCAAACCAUUCCCAGAAUGGAUCAAACCAUCAGGUAAAGAAACAGAAUUAGUUGUCAACAACAGUUUAACUGGAGGCAAAACACCAUUUGUUUUCAGCAAUAAGGAUGGUAAAACUAUUACAUGGUAUGCAUGUGGUCCAACUGUAUAUGAUGCAUCACAUAUGGGUCAUGCUAGAACUUAUAUCAGUUUCGAUAUUUUACGUCGUGUCAUGAGAGACUAUCUCGGUUUCAAUAUCCGUUUCGUUAUGAACAUUACUGAUAUUGAUGACAAAAUUAUUAUUCGUUCAAAAGAACAAAAUAUUUCACACAGUGAUUUAUCAAAGAAAUGGGAAUCUUCUUUCUUUGAAGAUAUGAAAGCUUUAAAUGUAUUACCACCAGAUGCAUUAACUAGAGUUACAGAAUAUGUACCACAAAUUGUUGACUAUGUUCAAAAGAUUAUCGAUAAUGGUUUUGCAUAUGAAUCAGAAGGAUCAGUUUAUUUUGACACACAAUCAUUUAUUAAAUCACACGAUUAUGGUAAAUUAGAACCAAAUUCAGUUGGUAAUGAAAAUUUAGCAGCAGAAGGUGAAGGUGCUCUUUCAGUUGGUAUUUCAGAUAAACGUAGUCCAUUCGAUUUUGCUUUAUGGAAGAAAUCAAAAGAAGGUGAACCAGUUUGGUCAAGCCCAUGGGGCGAAGGUCGUCCAGGAUGGCACAUUGAAUGUUCAGCUAUGGCCAGUGAUAUUUUAGGUGACAAUAUCGAUAUUCACAGCGGUGGUUCUGAUUUGAAAUUCCCACAUCACGAUAACGAAUUAGCUCAAUCUGAAGCAUACUUUGGUAACAAACAAUGGAUCAACUACUUUAUUCACAGCGGUCACUUAUUAAUUGAUGGUCUUAAAAUGUCAAAAUCACUCAAAAACUUUAUCACCAUCAAAGAAGCACUCGAAAAAUACACAUCUCGUCAAAUGAGAAUGUUUUUCAUUCUCCACAAAUACGACAAAGCUAUGAACUACUCUAGCGAAUCAAUGGGUUAUGCUAUUGAAAUGGAAAAGACCUUUGUCGAGUUCUUCCACACCGUCAAACAACUCAUCAGAGAUUCACCACUCUCCAAUCCACAAUUCUGGGAAAAUGCUGAAAAAGAUCUCGAAAAAUACCUUCAACAUACCAAAGCUGAAGUUCACAGAUUCCUCAUGGACAACUUUAACACUAGUGAUGCCCUCAAAGCUCUCAGUGAAUUAGUAAGCAAAACUAAUGUUUACUUAAGAGACUGCAACGCCCAAAAGAAAAACCCAAGAAUCAAUUUAGUUCAAACUGUUGCCGAAUAUGUCACUUAUAUCUUUAAUGUAUUUGGUUUAGUUGAUAACAGUUCAAACUCUAUUGGUUUUGGUAGUGGUGUCAAAGGUAAUCUCGAAGAAGAAAUGACACCAAUCCUCGAUGCCAUCACUAAAUUCCGUUCUGAAGUUCGUUCCUCUGCUAUUGCCAAAGAUACUGCCUCAAUUCUUAAAACUUGUGAUACCCUUCGUGACGAAAUUCUUCCAUUAUUAGGUAUUAAAAUGGAUGAUAAAGGUGCCAACGGUGCAAUUUGGAAAUUUGAAGAUAAAGAAACCCUCAAAAAAGAAAUUGAGCAAAAAAAAGAAAUUGAAAGAAAAAAACAAGCUGAUAAAGAAGAAAAACUUAAAAAAGAAAAAGAAAAAUUAGAAAAAUCUAAAAUCCCACCACAAGAACUUUUUAUCCGUGAAACUGAUAAAUAUUCCAAAUUUGAUGAAAAAGGUUUACCAACUCACGAUAAAGAAGGAAAUGAAAUUACAAAGUCACAAUUAAAAAAAUUACAAAAAGAAUAUGACACUCAAGCCAAAGAUCACAGCAAAUAUUUAGCUUCAUUACAACAAUAA